AUGGCAAAAUCAUUGUUAGGUUUAUUCCUUUUGGCCGUAUUAUGUACCUCACGCGCUAAUGCUGGAUAUACUGUUACAUUCCCAUCAUCGGGCGAUGUGUUGGAUGCCAAAACCCCUUAUAAUGUCACUUGGAUCUUAAAUCAAGAUACUCCAACUGAGCCAGCGGUUGAUGUACGUUUAGUCAUGGGUCCACCGGAAAAUUUAAAAGAACAAAUGAAAAUAUGCAAAAAUAUCGACCCUGCUGCACUAAGUUGCCCUUUCCUUGUGCCACCGACAAUGGCAACCGGAAUUGAUUAUGCCAUUACUGUUGGAAAAGAUCCUGCGAAUUAUGGGUACACCCCAUUCUUCACUAUUCAAGGUGUCGGUGAAGUUCCUCUUAUUAAUAAUGGAUGUCCAAAUAUGGGCGGUCAUAGUUGUAAUUCUCUCGCUUCUCCAUGUUGUGGUGUUAAUGGAUUUUGUGGCAAUGGUCCCAAUUUUUGUGGUGAAGGUUGUCAAGCAGCAUAUUCUAACGGAGGUACUUGUGUCCAACCAGAACCAGCCAAAGAACCUGUCACCAACGAACCUAAAGCUGUUCCUAAACGUAAAAGAUUUGUAAAAUUUUAA